AUGAACUCCCCUUUCAUGUUCUUCCGUGGGAAUGCCCGGGACCUCGGGACCCAAUCUCUCAACUACCAAGGAGUGGGGCCCACCUCCCCUUGGAUGCAAUUGCAGCCGAGGUUUGAACCUUCGAUUCUCGGCAUGCAGAGUGAUACUACUGCUUUUCAGGAAAUGAGAUGGGCCGACUCAUCCAAACAGUCCCAGCUGCUUUUCGGCAACCGGCCUGUGGGCCUGACACAGGCACAGGCCCAGAUACCACAGCAACAACAACAGCCUCAAAACCUCAUGCACAACACUCUUUUUCAGCAGCAAAUGCUCCAUCAGAAUUCGUUCGACAAUAAUGACAGCACGCAAAUGCAACACGGUCUUGAUCAUGAACGGGCCUCAUCGGGUGGUCCCGUAUUCUCCCAAGCCCAGACAAACAUGCACAUUAGUUCUCCUCUGCACGGGUUAUUUGGGCCGGGCCGCCAAGAAGAUGGUGCUUGGCCCGCCAAGCGUGUGGCACUCGACCCACUUCCUUUUACGGAUUCAAAUUCGAAUUCGGUCCAGGUCGAGCAGUUGGGCUUACUGAGCUCGAGUGUGGCCCACAAUUCUGUGUCUCUGCCUCCAUUUCCCGGCAGUAAUGACCCACACAAUCACUUUGUUUUUGGAUUGUCGGGCCUUAAAGGAGUUGGAGAAAGUGAGACUGUGAAUAUGGGUGUUGCCUCAUCGAGCUCGGUUGCCGAUUACUCAUUUAAUCCUACUGUUAACACAAACAAUUGUGUAGAGGAUUCGGGUUUUGUGCCUUCUUCGGAUAAUGGGGAGCUUGCUAAUCCAACCAAUAGAGCAUUUGUGAAGGUUUAUAAGUCGGGAACGUUUGGAAGGUCACUCGAUAUAACAAAGUUCAGCAGCUACAAUGAGCUGCGUAUGGAACUCGCUCGGAUGUUUGGGCUCCAGGCCCAAUUGGAAGAUUCUUUAAGAUCAGGCUGGCAGCUUGUGUUUGUAGACUGUGAAAAUGACGUGCUCCUUCUCGGUGAUGAUCCGUGGCCGGAAUUUGUAAACAGUGUGUAUUGUAUCAAGAUACUUUCACCAGAAGAGGUUCAAGAAAUGCGAAAAAGGGGGCUCGAGCUUCUUAACAAUGUUCCUCUUCACCAAAAUGUCGUGUGUGAGGGCUACCCGAGCCACCAAGAACCGUCGAGGAAUAUGAAUGCCAACAUAGCUUCUGUAGGGACUCUUAAUUUCUGA